AUUGAUAACAUGAAGACCCAGAUCGUGUGUUUGUUCGGCGCGCUGGCUUUGGCCUCCGCUAUGCCUCAAGGCCAGCCGUUCAGAGGCUUCCCAACCGAAACACAGAGAAUCGACACCACCGAAGACGUGGUUUCGCUCGACCCUUCGGACACGGCGAACAUUGUGGGCGAAUUCCUGCCCGAACUGGCCAGCGACCUGACUACCGACGAAGGAACCCCGAUGGACAGGCUUCGCAAGAUCACCCUGGCCUUCCUGCCCCUGGCCCGCAAAGUCAUCGAAGUGAGGGGCAAGAACAACAACGGCUACGACACCCGGAGGUACCUGAAGCAGCAGGAGCAAGCCGAGGCCAUCGUGCCCGGGAUCAUCGAUUCGGUGGCACAGCUGGUCAACCUGGCCCCCACCAACGCCACAACUCCAGUCACCAUCCCUGAAUUCCCUGAAAUCCCGACCUUCGACAACCCCAAUGUUUCUGACGAGGUCUUGGUUCCUGAAAUCGUGAUCCCGGCCAGUCAGUUCGUCCCAGAAAUCGUCAUUCCUGAGGUCAAGAUCUCAUAAACUGAAGGGAAAAAGUCCUCCUCACUCGUAUCAUAAUUCCCUCAUAUUUACCUCUUUUGUUACAAAGGCGAAAGAGACUAAUGUAUUUAAUUAUUUAGAAACACAUUACAUCCCAUUCUGUGUGGGGUCGACCAAAUCCUGUACAAAAUAUACGUUUUCUUACACAGAUUCGUGUAUUCAUUUGGUUAACUUACAAUUGCACAAAAGCUA